GCGAUCAACGCCAGCCAUGGGAGAAAUGAACGGCGAGGGGCAAAUCGAGGUGCUGGAAAACGACAUACGCACGUUGCGAAAGCAGCUGCAGGAGAAGGUUCAGCAGCUGAAGACCUUGAAAAAGCAUUUUCAGAAAAAUUGCAUUACCAAGCUGAACAACGAUGAAAUUGCACGGUACAGCCGCCAGAUUAUCCUAUCCGAGAUCGGGGUCCAGGGGCAGCUGAAGCUGAAGAAAGCCUCCGUGCUGGUGGUGGGUGCCGGCGGGCUCGGCUGCCCUGCCGCCCUCUACCUGGCCGGUGCCGGUAUCGGCCGGAUCGGCGUGCUGGACUACGACGAGGUGGAGCUGACCAACCUGCACCGCCAGCUGCUACACACGGAGGCGACGGUCGGCCUGACCAAGGUCACCUCGGUGCAGUCGUACCUGGAGCAGCUCAACUCGCAGAUCGAAAUCGAGACGCACCACGCGCAGCUCACGAGCGAGAACGCGCUCGCCCUGCUCGAACCGUACGACGUGGUCGUGGACGCGACGGACAACGUGGCCACCCGGUACCUGCUGAACGAUGCGUGCGUGCUGCUGCGUAAACCGCUCGUCUCGGGCAGCGCGCUCCAGCUCGAGGGCCAGCUGACCGUGUACAACUACCGCGGUGGGCCCUGCUAUCGCUGCCUCUUCCCGACACCGCCCCCGCCCGAAUCGGUCACCAACUGUGGGGACGGGGGUGUCCUCGGAGCCAUCACCGGUGUGAUCGGCGCUCUGCAGGCGCUGGAAACGAUCAAAAUCAUCCUGUCGAACGAGGGCGUACUGGCCGGGCGGUUGCUGCUGUUCGAUGGACAGCAGAGCGCGUUCCGCAACCUCAAGCUGCGCCCCAAAAAACCCACCUGUGCCGUCUGCUCCGAGGCGCCCACACUCACCAAGCUGAUCGACUACGAGCAGUUCUGCGGGAUGCGGGCCACCGACAAGGACGCCGCCCUGACGCUGCUCGAACCGUGCGAGCGAAUUUCGGUGCGCGACUAUCACGACGGCUGGCUAGCGGCCGGUCGGGACCAUCUGCUAGUGGACGUGCGCAACGCCAAUCAGUACGAAAUGUGUCAGCUGCCGGGCGCACCGGUCAACGUACCGAUCGAGGACAUUCUUAGCAACCGGCGCACGGAGGAGCUGCUAGCACGAGCGCAACAAGCGCAGUUACCGGUGUACGUCGUGUGUCGCCGUGGCAACGAUUCACAGCUGGCGGUGCGGCACCUGGCGCCACUGUUCCGGGAGCGCAAUCUGCCCGCGCCACGCGACCUGAUCGGCGGGCUGCACGCCUGGACGAAAACGAUCGAUCCAAACUUUCCCAUCUACUGAACGGGACUUCCCGCCUUAUCAUCAUUUGUUUUGUAAUAUUUGUCUUUUGGAGCACAAUAAAAUCAUAAACCACUGUUGGUGGCGCAUAGCGCGACAGUAACAAUA